AUAGAGAACGAGGCUUUCGGGUACCGGAACGUCAGGUGUGGUAGGUGGGCAGGGGAAGAAGGAUAGGAGGAAAUCGUUUGGCUUGGGGAAGACGGUCAGCGCGUUAGAUCCAGAUCGAGCGGGGAGCAGUACGGUGGGCGUCUUGGAGGGCAAGAAGAAACAUCGAGGGAUGGGAAGCCGGAUAAGGGGGAUGAUCUCGUCCGCUUCCUCGAUACAUGGAGGGUUAUCCUCCAUGGUCGGGCACAAUAGCAAUAACAACAAGGAUGAGCGGGAUCGGGCCAAAACUCAACAGGGACAUAACAAUGUAUCGGUUGGGAUCGAAGGUCCUACCGCGGUGUCGUCAAGUAGAAUGUCACUGCAGAUCCCUUCUAGGGUCUCACCGGCGCUGGAAGAGAUGGAGGGAGAGGAGACGUACAGACGACCGAAAAUGUCCAACAGGUUGUCGCUGCAGUCGGUACCUUCUCGGCAUCAAGACGGACGUCGUUCGCCAUCCGGAGCGUCUCUUUUCACGCAAGAAGGUGAUCGGCCUGCAGGAGGCCUGCUGUCUCCUACGAUAUCAAUAAUGACUACGGCAACAGAAUCUGCUGCUUCCCAUGUACCGACAGUACCGUCCUCUACUGCACCCACGCCGACGAUGGCGGGGUCUAAGAAAUUCCCGACAUUCCGUGAUUUGCAGGACCAGUCUGCCGCCGAGAUGCUCGAAGAGGAGAUGAGGCGGGUUCAGGCGGGCAGAAGGAAAGAAGGCCUGGUCUGGAGUCCUGGAGUCUGGGAAGGGGUAGGAGUUUCUAGUGGACGACACGCUGGCGAGCGCAAGGAGAAGGUCAAAUGGGAGAGUUGUUGGAUGGUUCUGUCAUCUUGCAAGAUGUACGAGUACCGGGGUGGGGUCUCGAGUAAGCUAGGCAGCGCCAGUCAGGUCAUCGACCUACGCUUUGCCACUGCUCGGGAAGGUCGUGAUACCGAUAGGCGGUAUGCCUUCGAGAUCGUGACGCCUACGCAAGGAAAGCGGAUGUAUCAGGCAACUUCUGCCGAGGAGAUGAAGUCGUGGCUUUAUGCCAUAUCGAACGCCGUCGAAUCGGUAUUGAACGGGACCUCGUCGUUUCGCGACAUCAAUCAAUUGGUCAACCAUAAUCGUGAUUCGGUGGAUGAGCACGGUAUGUCUACUGGUCCAUCAGAGAACCCGAUCGGACUUGGAUUUCCCAGUCUCUCGAUAGGAGACGCGGAUGAUCCGAUAUCGAGCUGGCCGAAGCCGGUCACCAAGAAGCCUUCUCUGAAAGAGGCUCUUCGCCAAAGCAGAACAAGUCUAGGAUUCGGUCAAUCGAAAUCCCGAUCGGAUCUGAGCGGGCUACUCAAAGAUCACUCCAAGUCUGGUGGUGUUGUGCGCAAUACUCGGUCCAGCUUGAGUGUACCGAGUCAUCGACCACAUCCUGCAGCCCUGGGUAGUCGCAGUCGGCAAUCGAGCCGGUCGUCGAGAAGCAGUGGGAGAGCAUUGUCGGUGUUUGAACACAGCGAUGAAGGUGGUCGGUCAGUCGACGCUCCGGCAGCCAGAGGUAGUCUUCCUUCGGUACCACCCACACAACAUCGGAAAGGGUCUGGAUAUUCAAUGGAAUUUGACGACGGUAUGCGACGAGCUAUCCUAGUCGCCAAUAAUAGCGAAAACGAGGACGGUUUCGUCUCGCCGCCCGCAGACACAGGCACUGGACAGGUGCCGCUAAAAGCUAGACCACAGUCGGUCGGCCAGUUACCCUUGUCGCGCACGCCAACUCGCGUUUCCCAAAUAGAUGCUGACAGGCAGGUGGCCAUCGCCGAUAUGGCCAUGCUCCGUAAGGUGGCCGAUCAGCCCAGCAAUCAAACCUGUGCGGACUGCAGACGGUCAUUGCGAGGAGAAUAUACACAGCGCUGGGCGACCGUUUCGCUACAUAAUCACCCGAUCGUCAUGUUCCUCUGUCAACGAUGUGCGGGUAUCCAUCGAGGUCUUGGGUCGCACGUCUCGAAAGUGCGAAGUCCGGAUCUUGACAAGUGGACAGAGGAGAUGAUCCUUACCGCCAGGUCUAGCGGGAACAUGCGGGGUAACGCGGUUUGGGAGAGGACUAGACCGGAUGAAUCCGAUCUUCAGGAUCUGUCCCUCUCGGCUCUCAAAGCUCACAUCGAGAAGAAAUAUUUACACGGCGUCUGGCUCAGCCCAGAAGAUCGCGCUUUGUAUUUCGACGAACCGCGCGGGAUCGCCUUAUAAUGCCGUAUCUCGAAUGUAUAUACAACCCGGUCAUACCUAUCUCUUGAAAAUUUGACCGUCAUACUUUUGCCUAUCAGUAAAGUUUAAGACGUCCGCU